AUGGAUGCAAUAAAAACAUUCAUGCCGGUUGUUGUUGGCUCGUUUGGACUAACACUAAGUUCUUACUUAUUUUACAAAGAUAAAAAAAAAGAAAAAUGGAAACAUAUCGAUGGAUAUGUAGAUGAUGUUGUAUUGAAAUAUGGAAGUAAUUUACUUCAAGGGACAUUUUACCUUAACAUAAGGUACUUUUUUUAUAUAAAUAAUGAAAAAAUUGAAGACAGUAAAGAAUACAAAAUUUAUGUUCAUCUUAUUAAGAACAAGAAUAAGAAAAAUAUAGAGACAAAUGAAUACACACAAAAUAUUUUUCAACAAGUUAGUAAAGAAAAAUAUAUUAAAAUUUGUUACAAUCCCUAUGAUGUUAAACAGUCGGAGCCUUUAAUUUAUAUUCACGAAAAUGAAAUUAUUUCAAGGGAAAAGCUAAUCAACAAAAUGAAAAAUAAAUUUAAUCGUAUAAAAAUUGGUGCAGCUAAAAUGGUUAACCUAGAUAAAGUCAUGGGGAAUUAUUCUGCACAUGAUAAAAGUGCACAAAGCAUAGAUGAGAAGAAAUCUGCCAAUAUAAGCGAAGAUAUCUCAUCUGAUAAAACAAAUGAAAAAAAAAAAAAAAAAAAAAAAAGUUCAAGCAAUCCAACAGAUAUACAAAAUGAGCUUCAUGCAACAAAUAAUAAGGAACCUUCACAGAGUACUAACAAAAAAACAAUAAGCGAAUACGACAUAAAUAAUAUAUUUCCAUUCUAUAUGUUUUCGUGUAGUCUUUUCUUAUUUAUGUCUUUUUUUUUAAAAAAAAGAAUUCACUUUGUAAGAAAAUCCAUAUUAGAACAAAAAAGAAAUAUAACAAAAUGCUAG